AUUAUUAAAAACAAGUAUUAUAAACAUUAAUUUAAUUUUUUUUAUUAUAAAUAAUUACAAUAAUGUAUAAGAAAUCUAUUUAAAAUAUUAUGAUUAGUAAACAUUAUUGAUUAACUCGUUUUAACUUGAGAAUUAAAAAAAAAAUCAAUUUCGUUUGUAUAUCACAACAAUAUAAUAUAAACACAAUUCAAUAUGCCUUCAUACACACUUCUGGAGUAUAAAUUACGCCGUUAUUUCUUUCUGGGAAAUGAGCAUUCUAUUUAUGUUCCUCCACAAAUCAAACAAAAGAUAUAUCGACAAGAAAACCAUAAUUACCUCGACGGUAUAAAAAUUAUUGGAAAUAUUGUAAAGAAAAAUAAACCUGAAGAAAUAAAUUCAAUUGUACCAAUAAUAUUAAAAGUAAAAAGAGAAAAUAUACUGACUAAUGAUCAACAUUUAAUAUUUAGUUUAGCCAUUUGUGCUAAAUUAACUUUAAAUAUAAAUUGUGUGAAGAUGGUACAAGAUGCUUAUGAUGCUGUAUCAAUAGUUUGUAUCAAUGGAUUACAACUUUUAAUGUUUGUACAUUUUUGUAAAAUUGUAGGACAAAUUCUUUAUGAGCAAGGUUUUUUACAAAACAAAUCAUCAGGAUUUAGUCGAGGAUUCCGCAAAGCUAUUUGUGCUUGGUAUUUGAAAAGAGAUCCAUUAAAAACAACAGAACUGGUUAUAAGACAUAAAAAAUAUGAAGGAUGGACACAUAAAGAUAUAAUGAAGCUUGUUCAUAUUCACUCUGAUGAUCCAUGUCAUCAAAUAUAUAUUACUCACACACUAUAUGGAAUGCAAAAAGUAGAGGAAAUGUUCAAAUCUAAAUUAUUAGCAAUUCAAGAAGAAAAUGAAAAAUUUGCUAGAGAACAGUUAACAUUUAUUUAUAAUUAUUUAAAACAAAUAAAUAAUUUGAAAAAAAUGGAUGUGGACAAUUUACAAAAAGAUAUUGGUUUAAAUAAGUGGGGAGAAGAAUUUGAAGUUAUUCCACAAAAAAUGCUUAACAAUUCAAAAAUUAUUAACUCACUUGUAUUACACAUGCCACUCAAAACUCUUUUAGACAACACAUUUCGGUUUGCAAAAAAAAAGUUAUUUUUAAACAUAGCUCCACAAGAAGGAUUGUGGAACUUCAUUUUAAGAUUUAAUAAUGUUAUGGAACUCGAAAAAGAAAAAAUACAUCCCAUCGAGGCAUUUAUUCAGUUUGCAAGAUAUUCAAGAACAGGACCAAAUAUAAUUCAAAUACAAAAUAAUAUAAUGAAGAAACAGGAAAAUGAAAAUACUAAUUUACCAGAUGAUAAGUUAAAAGUAGUUAUUAAGUCAAAUAAAAAAAUAUUAAAACCAUUAGUUGAGGGAAGUUCCAAUUUAAUGAAACAGAAUGAAUAUAAUUUCCAAGCUGGACCAUCGCAUACUAAAUUUGAAUUAAGUAACAAUUUGAAAUCAAAUUUUAAGUUGAAUAAAAGUGAUAAAAAUUCUGAACAGCCUGCUUUAAAAAGAAAGAUUAAAAAUGAUAACAAUAAAAAACAAACUAAGUGGAAUGAAAAUAAGGUUGAAACCAGUAAAUUAAAUCUUAAGGACAAAAAAAUGACUUACAGUAGUACUCAAAAAGUAUCAGAUGACUCAAAUAAUUUGGACAAUCUAAGUAAACAACUUGCUGAAGAUCUAAUUAUCCAAGUUGAAAAUCAGACUUCUCGGCAUACGACAACAAUUUUGCUAAAACCCCCUCCAAAGUUAUCAGCUUCAUUGAUUAAAUUUUUGUCUGAAGAACUAAUUAACAAAACUUUAAAAAUACUAAAACCAACAGGACGUCAUAUUUUAAUAUCAUAUGAUAACAGAAAAUAUAUGAAGAAACAAAAUUGUGCAUAUUCACAUUUAAUUAAAGCUCAUGAAGCUGUAUCAUUGAUAACAUUAUCUAUAAUUUGGCAUGAAAAAUCUCAAAGCAACAAACCAAUUAUAGUAGGUUUAGAUGAUUCUGGAAAACCUUAUAACCCAAUUGAAAUUGAUUACGAUAAAAAUGUCACUUACUCAAAUUUAGAAACUCUUAUGUUUAAGUCAUCUGAAGUUGAUGAAUAUGAAGAAAGAAAUGAAGUUAUUAAUCCUAUACACCCUUUAUCUAUUAUGGAUUGGGCAAAAGGAAAACAAAUGAAAUAUGAUGUGUUUGUGUUUUUGGGAAGUAAUAAUAUGCAUUUGAAAAAUAUUAAAAAAGCUAUGAAAGAUUACAGUAUGUACCUAAAAAAACCAAUAAAGGUUAUUGUAUGUUGUCUUAACGGUAAACAUUCAGAACAAAGUAAUUUUGGGAGAAGUAAUACAUUUUUAGUAAUUGGAUUUGACAAGAAUGUUGGUAUGUUAAUUCAAUCAUUCAUUAAUGAAGAAUUUUAAGUGUUCAAGUUCUGAAAAAAAUAAUAUUUAAUAUGAAUGUUAGGGACGUGGUGUGGCGCGGUGGUCACUAGUUGUUGACAAAACUCUAUUGUUAAGCCGCGCCUACCGCCGUAAGUGAACGGAUGGGUGACCUUGCGUGCACUUCUACGGUGGUUAAAAAGCACCAUGUGUCCCAGUGCACAAGGCACCAAUGCACUUAAAUUUCCCCAGGAUAUACCAAUCCAGUUAGUUCUAACCAACCUAAAAAAAUGAAAAAAAAAUUUAUGUUAUAAAGUUAUCUUUUACUUUUGUAUUUUAUUUAAUAAAAUAUUGUAUUUAGUUAUUUUAAUAGUUCUAGUUAAGUGUAUAAAAUUAUGUUAUUGUACAAAGUAACUUUUAAUAUUUUGACAAAGUUGUUUUUACAAUAUUAAUUUAAGUAAACUUUUCUAUGACCUAUGUAUUAUAUGUUUUAUGAAUUAUAGUUUUAAAUGCUUUAAAUGUUAACAUAUUUUAGAUUUUAAACCAUAAUAUAUAUUUUUUAAUUUCUGUGGAAAAUGAAUUUGAUUAAUUAAAAUAUAUUGACAGACAAUUUACCAGUA